CGGUUGAAUUUUAUUACUCAUUAGCUUACUGUUUUUAUGUACCUGGUACAAUGUUGAUUAAUUGUAAUUUUGGUGGAAAUACUACAAUUUUGUUAUUAAUUUGUUUCUUUGGCAAGGAUAUAAUUGUUGUUGCUCGCUGUUGUAAACUCCCUCUAUAUUCGUUAGAUUGAUUUCAGUGAUCUACUACGUUUAAAUCGAACAUUAAUUUGUUAUAGAACAGUUUUAUUGUAAAUUUCAAUAUAGUUGGAACCCAAAGUGAAUUAAUUAUUCUUAACAAAUUCAUUUUAUAUUUAUUUAGUUUUAGGGUUUGUUUUUGUUGGGGCUUAUCUUAGGAAUAUACAUUGACAUAUUAUUUUAAGAUGGGGCCUGCCAAAAGUGAUGUUUGUCAAAGUUUGGUUUUGGAAUAUGAAGAAGAUGAACUUAGCCCUGCUCAGCUAGAACAUAAAGCAAAAAUUGAACAAAAAAUUGAUAUAUUAAACAAGCACAUUCAGGGUCUUCAUCAAGAAAUCGAGACUAAUAGAGCUAAAGAAGCUGCUGCGGAUUCUUUAUCACAACAAUCACAUGUCCCUUCCCAGAUUCCGACUGCACAAGGUGCUGCUUCUAUUCAAGCCUCUCAGAAUUCAAGCCAAUCAUCUAACUAUGUUGUUGUUGAUUCUAAUGUCGGAUUUGUGGCGUUACCAACUUCACAAGUUAGGAGAGCACCAGUUGUAACUCCUGUUCGUUUCCCGCCCCCUUCAUCUUCAUCUCUACUUCGUGGAGCCGCCCCUCAGUGUGCUGCGCCAAGGGGGAGGGGAGGUACAGCAAUCAGACAAAGGAGGCCAAAUAUUGUAAGAGGUUCUAAUGUUGCUGUAAGAAUGCCAUUGAAACCAGAGGGAAUUCUUAAACGCCAAUUGACCACAUCUGAAAAGAAGGGAGAGAAAAAAAAUGAUGUUGUUGAUUUAACUGAUGAAGAUUUUGGACCUGAUACUGAAGUAGUCUCUAAAGCUGAUACUAAGGAAGUCACUAUUUCUCCUUUAUCAGAGAAAACAUUUCCAUCUCUUGUUGUGCUUGCACGACCAAAUAUGUCUCCUAAGCAGUUCACUAAUCAACAAGUCCAGACAGAAAGAGCAAAUCUAGAUGAAAAAGUAAAACAAGUUUUGACUUUGAAUACUCCCAAAUACAUCGAAUGGUUACUUCAGCAUGGUUUGCUUCGCUCUGAACAAGAAUGUAAUUCUAAUAUCAAGGGAAAGAGUCACCUGCCUUUGAAACUUGGCAUGUAUUCAGACACAUCAAAAUUUCCAUACUCAGGUGGCUACGUGUGGAUAUCUGAAUGCUGCCCCUCACAUUUUCUUUCAGUAUUUUCUGGUUCGCUGUUUGAAGCUACACCCCAUUCACCUACAGUAGUUUUAAAACUAAUAUAUCAUUGGGCUUGUCAGACUGCAGUUCAAAAUGUAAUACAGUGGGUAAAGGUUGAUAACUUAUUUAUUAAAACUCUGUUUACCAAUCUUAGAGCAAUAUGUACCGCAGCCAUUCAUCAAAGAUUUCCAAUAUUUGGAGGACCCAACAAGAAAGUACAAAUAGGGGUUAUAAGUUUGGGUACUACAGCACAGGAUGGUACUUCAAGGCAAGUUAAAGUUGAAAUUCUUGGAAUAUUCGAUGAAAGUACAAAUAUGCUGAGAAUUCGAGCAAUAGAACCAGUAACUAAUGAUAAAAAUGAAGAUCAGGUUACUAUAAUGAAGCGCAGAUUUCAAAAAGCUCUUGAACCUCUUUUGAGAUGGGUUCAUAAGAGUUCGGAAGUAGUUAUUGAUUGUACUGUCGACAAAGGUACCUUAAUAUCUUAUGGCUACUCGAGAGUAAUGCAAGUUUCUGGUGAUCAAAAUGCUGCUGGUUAUAAAAUUAUGGACUACUUAAAAAUAGUUAUACCAAGAAUGUUUCAGAAUACUUUGUCGUUGCUAUCCCGCCAGAUUAUUCAACAAUUUUUGGAUGAGUUGGUUUGGAGAGAAGCAUAUGGGCCAAUACCUUCUCGUGCUUUUCAUUCAAUCAUUGAACACAUAAGCGAACAGACUAGACUGAAUAGUGGUGGAACAUUGGUAAAUAGGUUAUCUCGGAUUUCAUUAAAUCCUUUUAGAAAUUGGGAAUAUGAGCGCUGGGUUCAUAAUUGUCGACCUACUGUUGUUCAGUCAUCUAAAAAUGAGAAAGCUGCUGUUCCUGUUUCUGUUUCAACAUACCAGUCUAAGAAAUCCAAUGUUCAGUCUUCAGGGUCUGAAGCCAGUGGAUCAGUUGUUAAAAUAGAGGAAACUAUAUCAACCCCACCUCCGUUAGUUUCCAUCCCAAGUAAUAAAAGUAGAUCUUCAACUGUCGCUCAUGAACCUGCCAUGAUAGCUUUGGAGCCUUAUUAUUAUGGUAUUCUAGAAGGUGAUAGUUCAAAGCAUAGAUAUGUGCCAUUUUUUACUCAGUGCUACUUGUGCCGCUCUGAUUUUAAAAGUGUUUUGAAGUUAACUGAUCAUCUCAUUCUCCAUGCUUUAAACAAAGAUCUUGAAGCAGUUAGUGAUCCAAAAGAUAUUUGUAAAAUUUGUUUGAAAAUCAGGCUGCCCGGUAGUAAGCAACAUCACAUUCAGAUGUGUCAACCAACCACUAUUGGCCUAAGCUGUAGAAUUUGUGCUAUGAAAAUGAAAGACAAUGGUUCUCUAAUUUAUCAUAUGACCAAGACUCACCAUCAGUUAGAUAUGCCUUAUUUUUGUAGUAAAUGUAAUUACAGAGUUUCUGAGCUUCAUAUGCUGAAUGCACAUUUUGCUAAGGCUCACUUCAAUGCAACUAGUGGCAUGUGCCCAUUUUGCUUGAAAAUAGUAGAUUUUGCUACUCCAUCUGGAGAUGAUCUCGAGCAUAAUCAGCUUUUCUUUAUUAAACAUAUUCAGCGUCAUGUUUUGCCUUCAUCAAAAAAAUGUUCCCGUUGCCUCUUAAAUUUCAUAAACAAAUCACUUCUUGCAGAACAUGAGACUGUGAUGCAUGCUUCCUGCGUUGAUAAUGACGAUGUAAUGAGAUACUUGGUUGACAAUCCAAUACUUAUGCCUGCUCCUAUAGCUGAACCCCCACUUGUUCAUCGACUGCAACCAAUGGACAUGAAACCAGCUUCUCAGUUAAAAGGAAUCAGUACGGUCUCUCUAAGAGUCUCUGCUUUCAUUCCAACACCUGAUGUUUGCUGUCAUGAAUGCGAAUCUCCAGUUACUUCUGAUCACUUUUCAAAUUUCUUGAUGUGCAAUAAAUGUUCCUAUCGGACGUGUUGUCCUCAUGCGAUAGCCGAACACGUUUCUCAAAUGCAUCCGCCCUAUCCUCUUUCUAGUCCUGUCUAUAUUGGAAUGAAGGUUACAGUCAGCAAUAAGAUGUUCUGCACUUCAUGCUUAUUCUCUUGCAGAGAUGGCAAUGUUAUGAGUACACACUUGGUUACUUGCGGAGAUGGAGUUUGUAUUCUUGGACGUAGGCGAUCUAUAAUUAAAACAGAAGAAAUAGAGCCUCUUCCGAUUGUUACACCUGCACGGAAAAGAGGCAGAAAAACACCUAAGGCCAAAGAAGAAAAACCAAAAACCAUCCUCAAUCUUUUGGGUCUUGUUAGAAAGGAAGAUGAUCCUUCUGGAGCUGUUGUAGAGAGUGAGGAAUCUAGCAUUAAAGAUAUGUCCCAAGCUUCAACAACAGCUGAAGAAAACGUUCAAGUUACCGCUCCUGAAGAUGAUGAUUGUAUGGAAAUUGAUUAAUAAAUAGAUUAGAUUAAAUAAUUACAAUGUUUAUUUUAACAUUACUUUUAUUUCUAAAUUAUGUACAAAUAUUAAAUUAUUUUAUUUCUUUAUAAAUAUAUUAAGAAUUAUACUGAAUGGAGACUAUCUCAAAAAAUUAUUAGUAUUGUUCCUUUGUUAAAAAUGUAUUAUUUUAAUACAUUCUAUAUUUCCUAUAUAUGUUAUUUUACGUCUAUUUGUAUAAAUUUUGAUAAUUAUAUAAGUAUUUUUAAAUAACAGUAUUUGUUUGUUUAUUUUUUAUUUCAACUACUGUGGUUAUUUUAAAACCUUCCAAAGUAUUGUACAGAAAACUUUAUAAAUUAGAUUUAUAUUUAAUGGAAAAAAAAAAGAAAGAUGUGAAAAUUUAUGAAUUUAUGAAACGCUAUCAGACUGAAUAUAAUGUACUUAGUUAUAAUUUUGAACUCAUUGAAAUCAGAAUGGAUUUAAAAAACUAAUCUAAAAAUGUCAAUUAUGCUUUAAAAAAAAGAAAUUAAUUGUGCCUUAUGACCUGCUUAUGUCUUUUCAAAUUAUAGAAAAGUAAGUUUGAGUCUUUGUUUGAAAAAAAAAAAAUGAAAAACUAAUGUAAGACUAUGUGUUUUUCAUACAGUAUUGAUAUAAAAUAAAUUUUAAAAAAAGGAAGAAUUGAGUUCUAAACUUGGCACUGUUGAAGAUGAAAAUUUCACAUUUUCCAUCCAAGAAAAAGAUCUAUUGGUGAACACUUAUUAUCUAAUUAAGGCCAAUGAUACAAUUUUUGGUUUUGACCCCUAAUUUUGCUGGAGGAGAAUUGAGUUGGGGUCAUGGUUGAUGCACACCGAGUGUUCCCAACCACAUGGUGGUUUUAAAGCCAAUUCAUUUAGUGGUUCUGACUGCCUCCUGAGUCAGUUUUGACUGUUUUUAGAUUUAUUACAUCUUUUUAUAAUUGAUAUAUUAAAUAAAAUUACAUAAUUUAAAAAAAAACAUUUUUUUUUUAGCCAGCCUUAAAACAAGCAACUUUAUGUCUACAUAGAAAGAUUAAUUGCUGUACAUCUUCAUGUUAGUGCAAGACAUAAGAAAUGCAUCUUCAUGUUAGUGCAAGACAUAAGAAAUGCAACAAUUCCUGUCUCAUUGAAGCAAAGAUAAUUAUAUCACAGUGAUAAUCAAGUGUGUGCCAAAUGAAAAAUUGGAAAGUUUAGAGCAUUUAUCUCAUAAGCCCUAAGAGAUUUGAAAGGAGCUUUUCAUAUUUUUUUUAGUCUAGUAUGAAGAUUCCAUAUUUUCUAUACAUAUUCAGGGGAACAACCAACUAGCCUAGCAAGUCUAGGCAGCUUCCACCACAUGGCUCUUUCUUAUGCUGCAGCAAUCAAGUU